AUGAUGGGUACAACGGUGCAGGCAACGCUCAGCCUAUGCCACACGGAGAGCUACAAAACUGAAGUCGGAAGUACUACAGGCGACUUGGCCAGUGUAUCAAGGCGGGGCAUCCAAUGGUUCGUUUCGGAAAUGGGGGUAGACAUAGUGCCCCAUGUCCGCGAUCUCGAACUUGAGGCGCGAGUGGCCGAUGAGACAGCAUGCUGGCCUCAAAGAAGCAUGCUGCAACCUCACAUCGCGACAGGCAUAUUCAUUGCAAGCACUGCCUACCGCAAGAACAGCAUGAAUGUCAAGGUGUCAAUUGCCCUUUAUACUGCCAUAGCUGUCGCGAUGGACGACCCGAGCAUUAUCGAAUCUCUUAGCUCACGAACGUAUCACUACUCCCUCUGCGCAGGCACCAUACCGGAAUCUCCAGACUUGCUAGCAGAACUGAGCAAAAUCUUAGCGAAAAUGUGGGAACACUUUCCGCGUUUCGGAGCUAGUUGCAUCCUGACAUCGACACUUCAAUUCAUGAACAUGGCGCUACUUGGGAAUGAAAUAGGUGAUCAUCGUCUGAAACAUGAUGCGCUUCCCUUUGUGGAAUAUCGGCGCAUUAUGGACGGUUUCCCUGAGGUCUACUUCUCUUUCAUAUGGGAAAAGCGCCAGUUCCCCGAUGUCACGGUUUGGAUGCAAGCCAUUCCGGAUGCUAUGAAAUUCAUCAACUUUGGCAACGACAUCUUGUCGUUCUACAAGGAAGAAUCCGCUGGAGAGACAGCAAACUACAUUCACGAUCGUGCGCGGUACACAGGACAGUCGAUCGAGGUGGCGCUAAUGGACCUUGUGAAGGAAACUACCGCAUUAGCCAAUCGAGUUCGGCAUAUUUUGGGGGAGGGAGUCGCCAGAGAUGCUUGGGACAGCUUCACUGAGGGGUACCUUCAAUUUCAUGUCAGCAAUCCGCGAUACCGCCUACGGGAGAUUCUGUGA